CAGAUAAGUUAUAGAAUAGAAUAAAAGUAAAAAUCUACAGGUGAAAAAUGGUCAACUGGAAACACCCAUAUCGAUUGUCAAAAACCACACUAAAUCUGUGGUUACUUGCUGUGGUCUUUAAUAACAAACAGCUCGCUGUGGUUGACAGAUAAGCCCAUGUGCGGUUCGGAGGUAAAAUCAGCAAUUACGAGUCAUCAACAAGUGGCUUAGUGUAAAAAGUUUUGGUGAUGCUGUACUGUGAGGUGCUCAAAAGGAAAUAUUGGCCAUUCUAUAUUGAUAUAUUUUUAUCUGAAAAAGGCUGAUAUUUUCGCCUUUCUUUAGUGCUACGAGAAAUUAGUUUUAUUUUAUCUUGCUCCACCAAUCAUGGAUGUGGAAGUUGUGAAAUAUCUGUCUGAACUUAACCAGAAGAUUCGCAGAGGAUGUACGGCCCACAUAACCAGGACAGGCCGACUCUACUAUAUGAACCAUGAGACAAAAACGUCGUCCUGGUUGCCCCCUGUGGAAUCCUGGGAUUCUGGAGGAUUGGGCCUGCCUUAUGGAUGGGAAGCGGCCUUUGACCGAGACGGGAAAACAUACUUCAUCAACCAUGUCAACAAGACGACGACUGGUGAGGACCCAAGAAAGGACUCUGAUGAAGAACCUCCUCUACCACGUGAUGUCGAGUUGUGCAGAGAUCCCCAGAAAGGGUUUGGGUUCGUUGCGGGCAGCGAAAAGCCAGUCAUUGUCCGUUUUGUCACGGAAGGAGGCCCGAGCGAAGGCAAGCUUUUACCGGGUGAUCAGAUUCUGCAGAUCAACGGCGAGGAUGUGCUCAAAUCCCCCAGAGAACGAGUCAUCGAAUUAGUGAGAUCCUGUAAACAUUCUGUGAAGCUUCGGGUUUGUCAGCCAAUUACGAACAAUACGACUCGGAAAUCAGCCCUCCUCACAGCUGCCAAAAAAGCGAAGCUAAAAUCAAACCCUUCUCGAGUUCGUUUCGCUGAGGGAGUCGUCAUCAAUGGCUCACCUCUUUACUGUCCGUCCCCGUUUGAUUCCCACGUACCAUUCAUGCCUAAUGUACUAAAAGUAUUCCUGGAAAAUGGCCAAACGAAGUCUUUCAAAUAUGAUAGUAAUACUACAGUACAGGAUGUUCUAAACGUCCUUCAAGAAAAAUUAUCCAUCACUUGCCUGGAGCAUUUUUCAUUGGUUGUGGAACACAUAAAAAGUGUUCGAAGGAAUAAGCUGUCCAUCCUCAAUCCGAAGGAUACUCUCGCAAAGAUCGCUGCUCGCCCCGGAGCUCACCACCUGCGCUGCCUUUUCCGCCUCACUUUCGUGCCCAAAGAUAUCUAUGAGCUCAUGCAGCGAGACGCGGUCGCCUUUGACUAUCUCUUCAUGCAGUGCUGCAAUGACGUCGUGAAGGAGAGGUUUGCCCCUGAGCUAAAGUAUGACGUAGCCCUGAGGCUAGCCGCUCUCCAUCUGCAGCAACAUGCCGUCACAAGCGGGAUGCAAGGCAAGAUGAUCGUCAAAGCCAUAGAGCGUGAGUAUGGUUUGGAAAAGUUUGUCCCGAUGUCCCUUCUAGAGACUAUGAAACGCAAGGAGCUGCUAAAACUUCUGAACCAGCUCAUGAAGCAGAACCAAGCUCUGAGCGGACCGGGACAAAAACAGCUCACAGCCAACCAGGCCAAGUUUCAUUACCUCAAAAUCGUCAGCGAUUUGCCAACCUAUGGAGCCAAGACGUUUGCUACCUGUACCAAAAAUUCUGCCAUGGAGAUAGCCAUCUUGGUCGGCCCAAGAAUCGGGAUAAGUCAAGUCAGCACGAUCAGAAACAUUGCGCCAAUCAACUUGGCACAGUUCGCGGAACUGGAGAAUGUGGAAGUAACAAGGGAAGAUGAUUAUUCGUAUCGAAUAAGGAUUCGAUUACGACACCCAGAAAAAGAAUGCCUCAGCAUUCAGAUGGAAGACCGAGAAACAGAAGAGUUCGUUCUUGUUCUGGAGCGAUACUAUCAUCAACUAGUUGGGAUUGAACUUCCAGUCGAUUGGCAAGACAGAGAUCCUGAGCCAGUAGAUAGAGUGCCAAGCUACCACGGCCGUCACAUUGUACAGGACUCACCCUGGAACUAUUGCCCUUCCAACUCACCCCAGAAGCAAACGGUCAGAACGAUCGAUCUCUCUAUCCCACCACCCCCAUACAUCCCCUGCGAGGAACGUCGCCUCUCUAGAAGCAACUCUCGAGAUCAGUUCAGUAUAGCGACGAGUCCUAGCUCGGUGGAUCACAACAUGAAUGAAAUGCAGGCCCUGGUGGCUUCCAUUACAUCUCUACCCUUAUGUCUUGGCUUGCCGAGAGACAGCAGUCCGAGAAAAGAUUCGGAAACGAACGGUGAAGGGAUCUGCCAGAGGAAAGAUUCCUUAGCAGACAUUGACUUCAUUUCGAGUCAGGACGACCCGGCAUCGCAGGAACUAGCUGGACAGUCGGACGUCGUGGCUUCGCGUCUCCAGACGUACGACUCGGCAGCUGGAAUCGACUUGCACAGCGUCAUGUCCCUGGAACUGCUGGAAGAGGUGGAGGAGAACGAGAGUAGCGACGUCGUGAGUCGAGUCACAGAGAUGAGCAGGAUCGUGAACGACGCGCAGCUGUAUUUACAGAGCGACGAAACGGAACAACCACGCGAUCUCGGACUCAAAUCCAAUGAUUCGCUGCUCUUCAUUCCGCGUCACGUCGGUGGAGAAGAAUAUAACGCUCUUCCCUCGGAGAGCGAAGCGGAAAGCACGCCGACCAACAGUCCCACCCAUGUGAACAUGCUGUCCACGGACGACCCGGAAGACAACCUCAAGAAGAUGUGCUCCAGCUUCGGCCUGCACAGCCCGCACCUGUUGAUUGAUCAGGAGACAGACGACAUCGAAGAGUUGUUGAGGCAGCUCCAGACGUCCACCUCCCUGCCGUUUGAAGAGAACACUUUGUGUCUGGACCCCGACAUCAUCGACUUGACAAUCAUCCCGCCCCCGUCGGCUGAUGAUGUUGACUUCUGUUGUGUCACUCCCGAUGACAAUAAGUGCUUUCUUGAUCAGGAGACGGGACAGAGGAGGGAUAUUUAUGACAUUCAAAACGAAAAAGAUCAACCUGCGGAGGAACAGGAAGAGCCUGAUGGUAUCGUUUUCUCAGCCUCAACGGAACAGACCUCCAUGCCUGCUCCAGCCGAAGACGAUCUUUCAGCCUAUAUCAUUCCCCCUCCACCUCCUAGUUCCACCAGAGCAGUGGAAGAACAGAACAGGGUCCUUGCCAGGUUCCGCCAGGCGGCGGAGGAAAUUCGGCGCAUGAUGGCCCACGACGGAGCUCGCUACAACGACUCUAUAAAUUCGGUCAGCAAGUUCUGCACCAUACCUCGUCGAACAGGAGUACCGCAGGUGGUUGACCACUCUACUGAUCGACCCUCCCUGGCCUCGUUGGUCACGCCGGUUAGAGAGAACAAGCCAGUUCUUGAAAGGUUCGGGGAGGAUCAAGAUGGAAUGCAGAAUGGUCAGACUGAGGAUAAGGACAAGUCCUGGAGACCUCAGCCACCACCAAGGGUGAAGCGGAAUUCGAUUAUUCCCGAUGUCAGCUGCAAUGACCACCCUAUACAUUUUCUGGAAUCGCAGACAGAGUCGCCUAGCGGCUCGCCAUACUCAGGGAUACAUGCAGAGCAAGUUUCUAAGUCCUCAUCUUCCUCAAACACACCAAAAGAAAAGACUAGUCAGAAUAUCUCACACUCAAAUGGACAUAUUCAAACAGGCCCCGAUGCACACGGAUUUUCCACCAAGCAUAGUGUAACGUUAGAAAACGGUGAUGACAAACUUAACCACUCCCAUCUGUACAGCGACUUCUCGCACAAAACUGUGAACGGCCAUGACAGUGACUUUUACGUCAACGGUGAAUACAAUGGGUACGAGUCCAGCGAAUUCCACGCGUUCCAAGCUGGUGAAGAAUGUCAAGCGUGCGUGAGUGGCGGGAAAAACGGCAUCGUUAACGGUUGUGCCUGCAAGAAAAUCAGUCGCCUCCUGUCCUACCAUUACUCCUUGCCAAGGAAAGCACUAACUGGUAGACUUCAGCCCGUGAAUGGUGAAAUCACAGAGAACGGUUUUGCACGAAGCACAGUGUUUCAGUCCGCCCAGCAAGAGAUAGCAGGUAUGAUUGAGAAUUUAGACUUGGCGUGCAGUGCGCGUCUCCAGGAGUGUUCCGAGUGUCUUCCAAAGACACAACCUGGUGACACGAAGCUGGAGAAAGUCCAGGACACUCUGAUGUACGAAUCUAGGCAGUUUGUGACAGCGUCAAAACUAUUUGUGAAAAGUAUAACAGAAUCUUCCGAUAAAAUGGAAGAGAAUUUGACUGCUUGUUUAGGCCUACUGGACCGCAUUUUUGCGGUUAGUGAACUGGUCGUCACUGAAAUGACGAUACCAUCUCAGAUCAACAGCUUGGUGGAGAAACUCAAGGAAAUGGCAGUGGCCUAUUCCAAAACUGUACAAGCUGCCCAGUCGGCUGCUUCGGGCGAAAUUCCAAAUUCGAACAUGGCCGGACUAAUGCAUCAGGCGACUUCCCUCGCCACGUCUCUAACGAUAUUGAUGAGAACUUUGCGAACUUUUAGUAAUCCUUGAGAUUCAGUCUAAGUCAUAUUUUCUUUUAGCUGAGCUACUUUAAGAACGGCAUCACUUUUGGGGACAAUAAUUGUUCCCUGUAUGCAAAUUAUGAAUAUUGUACAGACCUCAACUUGUUUAAGAGCUGUGUGAAUGUCUUGCUUGUAGUACGAAAGUUAGGUGUGUGUAUUAUCGAAACGUUUAAAAAUAUUUUCCUACUUUGACGAAAGAACCCUUGAAAAAUACAAAUGUUCUAUUAAAAUUGAAAAGUGGGUGAAAGUAUAAUACCAUUUUACGCUUUAAAUUAUGUUGAUCUCUUGGUCAGAUAAUGAUGUUUUUAGUAUCGAGUAAAAGCGCUGCCAUUGCAAAGAAUUUAAUUUAAUAAUGUGUUUCUACUGUAAUUGAUAAUCUAAAGAAGAGAAAGACAUAAGUUCACCAUUGAAUAAAAGAAAUUUGAAAUAAUAUUCACAGUACAGCUCCAGUAAGAUGAAGCAUGACCUUGAAAAAUUUUCCUUUUGUGAAAUGUGCUGAAAUAGGAAAAAAGCGUUAGCGCUUCUAUGAAUUGGAUAACAUUCGCGGUAGUACUACGGCUGUCUUUACCACUCAAUCCCUUGCCAAUAACUCUCUUCCUUUUACGGCAACCCCCCCCCCUCAAAAAAAAUCUUGAGGUCAUGCUUCGUCUUAUUGGAGUCGUACUGUAGUACAAGAGUUUCCAAGCAUUUUGUGUACACUAAGUUUUAUAACAAAUUCAUUUUCAACUUAUAAAUUUUAAACUGUUACAUACUUUUCUACUCGGUAAAAAAACAUUGCAAGCUAUUGUUUUGAGGCAAUUAUGAUCAAGCUAUUUUUAUAUACAUCACUAUCUAGAUAAAAAUGGUCCUAAAAUUUCUUAAUGCAAUAAAUGUAGUAAUUCUCAAUUGAACAUAUUGUUCCGUGUAAAAUUUGCAGCACUAUUAUGAAUGAACAAAGUUAUAUCUGUUCAAUCUAUGUAGGAAACAUAGAAAAUUGAUAAAAGCUUUGAAUGAAGAAAAUUGUUUUUCAUCGAGUGCGAUAUUUUUAUUAAAGAUAGUUUUAAUGUUUUUAAAUAGGUAGUUUGUUUAAAAGUUAUAUUUUGAGACAUAAUACUGCAAUAUCCCAUCCUGCAAUCAGCAUAAUUUAAUCGUUUAUUACAUAUGAAUUAAUCAAAAUAAAUGUAAUUCACUUCUGAUUAGUAAUACAUAUUCAUUAAUAUAGGAUUUAAUUGAUCAUUUGGUGGAAAUUAAUAUUUGUAAUGCAUUGUCAGCAUGUUAAUAUAUCCAGUCAUUUUUACAUAUUGAUCACAUGCUUUAAUUUUAAAGUAAAUAAAAGAAAGUGAAUGACACAUGGACCAUAAAUAGAGCUGCAAAGAUUUAGAAUUAUCUGAAACUAUUUAUCGGUAAUUUUUAACUUACUUUGCAAAAGACAAUUUGCCCAGGCUCAGAAUGACCAAGAAAGUUGUUUGUUCAAAUUUAUCAAAAUUUGUAAAACUGACAUCCAAAACAUGGGUUAUUUCACUCAAUCAUAUAAUAAAUUUUAUGUUUGCAACUUUUUUCAUUAAUGACUGGGGGGAUGGGGGUGAUUCUUACUUGGUAGACAAUUUCAAGUUACUUCCUUAUUUGGGUAUGGGUUGAUCAUUAGACUGGAACCAGUCUGGUUAGGCGCAGUGGCUGAUUGUAACUUUUGAAUUUGAUGAAUAUAAGGGUUAACCAACUUAUCCUGUUGGUAUUUUAAGAUAAAAAUCUACUGAGGUAUGCAGAGUGGUUAACAUUCAAGUAAUCCUAUUUUGACCUACAUUCUAAUAGAUGAAAAUCCUUGAACUUUGGUAAAAAAGUAAAAAAUAAUUCAAAUUUCUAUCAUCAAUUCAGAAUAAGAAUAUGAAUAAAAAACAAACAUCUUGAUUUUGUCACUGAAUAUGUUCAAUGGUUGUAUUAUUCAUUCAUGCAAAUAUAUAGAACUCCCAAAGUCGGGGGGGGGCACUUUCCCCCUCCAAAUAACAGGCCUGAUUUUAUGCUCAAUGCAUAAGGUGCUGCAUUCAACAAAAGUGCAAAUGGUUUUUCUGUCUUAUCAAUUGCUGAAACUGGAUGAUGAAGCCCUCAGUUGGUGCUAGAAAAUUUGAACAAAUAUGUUUUGUUGCAUAUUUCUCUUUCCCUUGGAAGAAGUAUCAUACAAAUUUAAUGACAUUAAUGCUAACAGAACUUGUUCUAACAAAUCAAACUGUAAUUAUAAAUGAAUAGAUUAUUUCAGAAAGGGCAUAAGCCCAAUGGAUUCCCAUAGGACUUACGCCCUUUCUGAAUUAAUAAAUUCAAAUAUGGAACUAUCCGAUCUUACAUGAAAAUUGUAAACUAUAUUAUACUAAACCUAUGUUGUAUCAUAUAUUAAUCUUUGUAUUUUAGCACACAUUGAAAAAGUGAAUCUUUGAAUAUGCGAAACAGAAAUGAGAACUUGUUUGACUGCUUUAAAUAUAUGUUGCUCUAAAAACCUGUAUUAGGCUCACAGAAAUUGUGAUACUUCACUUGUUCAAUCCAUCUGUUAAAAAUUACCUUUGCUUUGUACCAAAGAAAAUACUUUUAUAUAUAUUUAUACCCUGCCAAGAACGAAACUUGGUCAUAUUACUGGACAUAUGUUAUACAUAUUACUGGGCAUAUACGAUUUGAGAAUUUUUUCUGCUUUUGCUUCGUAAAGUUUAGAUAAUUUUUGUUAGAAAUUCAGUUCUCGGAAUAAAAUAAAACUACCAAAAAGGAAAGUUUUUUAGCAAUUAAGUUUACCAGGAAAAAAAUGAAAUAAGUAUCAGACAACUCAGAAAAUACAGGCAAAAACAUGUGAAUAAAACUGAUAAGUGGUUACGGAUUGCCAACGCACGGUUAGUGCAAAUGCUCGAUAUUUAUCAAGCCCAUACAUAUAGGUCAGUAUUUAUGUAAUAAAAUUAGAAAUGAUAUGAAAAACGCAAGAUUUUAUUGUGAUUUAGCAAUUUUGAGAAACAUACCAGGCGUUGUAAAUAUCACCACUUUAAUGGGAAUAGCCUUAAAAGUAAUGAGGUAAUUCAAUGUUUUGUACAAUGUUAUAACUAGAACACUAGUGCAUUGUGAAAAUAUAAAUGAAUAUUUGUUGAUGUAAGAAGGAAAUUUAUGGUCAUUUUAGUGUGAUUCUGUGUUGAUUAAAACAUGUACAAGAAAAUUUUUAAUCUGGAAUGUAAAGAAUAUGAAUUUGUGACUUUAAAUAAAUUUUUAAAUGUGUGUGAAA